AUGUCGAACGAAUUGCCGUUACCUACGUCCCCCAAGAAUGUGGUGCUCGAUACAUCGAAAUUGACCGAGUCAUCAUCAGCAUCAGUUUGGGAUCGCAUUACCAACUGGGUCUCGGAAAACAAGGCUGUUGUCUACACCAUUGCCGGUGUCGCCGUUGUCGUCACCGGUGCGGGUGUCGUCUACUACCUUAACGACUCCAGCAAAUCCACUCCUCCCGCACCCAAGAAGAGCAAGAACCAGCGACGGAAAGAAAAGAAGAAGGCUGAGGAGGAGAAGGCUGCCGCAGCGAAGAAGGAGUCUCCUAAAAAGGCAGAGGAGCCCUCCGAGGAGCUUCCCGAGGUGAAUGAGGAGACUGUCGGACAGCUGUCCGAAGAGACCCGCGCCGCCUAUGCGGCCAAGCUCAAGGCCGCCGGUAACAAGGCCUACGGAGUCAAGGACUACCCCAACGCGAUCGAUCUUUACAGCAAGGCUAUCCUCUGCAAGCCCGAUCCCGUCUUCUACUCCAACCGUGCCGCCUGUUACAGCGUCUCGUCUAACUGGGAGAAGGUCGUUGAGGACACCAGCGCUGCCCUCGCCAUGGACAGCGAAUACGUCAAGGCUCUCAACCGUCGAGCCAUUGCGUACGAGCACCUCGAAAAAUACAGCGAGGCUCUCCUCGAUUUCACCGCCAGCUGCAUCAUCGAUGCCUUCUCCAAUGACGUGAGCCGUAACUCGCUCGAGCGUCUGCUGAAGAAGGUUGCCGAGAAGAAGACCCAGGGUAUCCUGGAGGCACGAACCAAGAAAUUGCCUAGUGCCACCUUCGUCUCCAAUUACCUCCAGAGCUUCCGCCCUCAGACCCUUCCUGAGGGAUUGGAGGAGUCGGUUGAAUUGGCCGAGGAGUCCGGCAAGGGUCAGCUGCGCAAGGGUCUCAUCGCCAUGGGCAAGAAAACCGCCGACAGCUAUGAGGAGGCCGCUGCCGCCUUCGAGAAGGCGCUUGAGCUCGGUGACCUCGGCGAAUUCGAAGGAUUGGCCCUCAACAUGCGAGCCACCUUCACCUACCUCGGUGGUAACGCCACUGGUGCUUUGGCUGACCUGAACAAGAGUGUCGAGCUGUCUCCCGCUUUGGUUCAGAGCUACAUCAAGCGCGCCAGCUUGCACCUGGAGCUCGGUAACAGGGACGCUGCGGCUGACGACUUCGAGCUUGCUAUCAGCCACAACAAGGACGACCCCGACAUUUAUUACCACCGUGCCCAGUAUCACUUCAUUUUGGCGGAGCUCGCCGAGGCCGCUAAGGACUACCAGAAGUCGAUCGAUCUCGAUGGGUCGUUCAUCUACUCCCACAUCCAACUUGGUGUGACACAAUACAAGAUGGGCUCCGUUGCCUCGGCGAUGGCCACGUUCCGCCGCACAGUGAAGAACUUCGAGGACGUCCCUGAUGUGUACAACUACUAUGGUGAGCUUCUGCUCGACCAGCAGAACUACUCUGAGGCGAUUGAGAAGUUCGACAAGGCGGUUGAGAUGGAGAAGCAAAGCAAGCCCAUGGGUAUCAACGUUCUGCCCUUGAUCAACAAGGCUCUUUGCCUGUUCCAGUGGAAGCACGACUCUCAGGAGGCCGAGAACCUUUGCCAGAAGGCUCUGAUCAUCGACCCCGAGUGCGACAUCGCCGUUGGCACCAUGGCCCAGCUCCUCCUCCAGCAGGGCAAGGUCUCCCAGGCCCUGAAGUACUUUGAGCGCGCUGCUGAGCUGGCUCGCACCGAAGCUGAGAUCAUCAACGCCAUUUCCUACGCUGAGGCCACCCGCACCCAGUUGGAGGUGCAGGAGAAGUACCCCCAGCUGGCUGCCCGCCUGAACACCAUGGGUGCCAUGGGCGGCGGUGCCCCUCCCAUGUAA